AUGUCUUACUCUCGAGAAAACAACGAAGUCUCCGCUUCCGGAGAGGACAUGGUCAACGCCAUGCGUGGUUACAAGGCCACCUUGCACAACCCACGCGUCUCCAAUGAAGCCAAGCAGCACGCGCAAGACGUGCUUGAUAAUGAGAUCCACGGGAACAAACCGCGGCAGGAUCUGUAUGAAGUUCGUCAGCGGAACAAAGAGCCUACUCGUGUAGCGGGCGGUUUGAAAGCUGCUCAGGAGAAUCCUCGUGUGACGGACAGAGGAAAGAAGCAGGCUGGUGAUAAGUUGAAUCAGCUGGGGGAGCAGACGCAGCAGCCGGAGGAGUAA